AUGGUGCUUCCGUUCAAUACCACCGAAGCCAACACGGGCCGUGCGGCCCCGCUGCCGACGGCUCCCCCGAUGGCCUCGCCCGCCGACGGUGGCCAGUUCGUGGACUUCCUCGUGCUCGGCAACAAGGAGAACUAUCUCGUGCGGGCCGAACGGAAGGCCAUCCUCGACUCGAACACCGGGCUGGCACAGAUUUUGGCGAAUUCCGGUGGCCCCGGUGGCAAGUGUGUCGUGCGUGACGUGAACCGAAACAACUUCGAGACCUUUCUACGCUAUCUUGAGACCCGGUUCAUCAAAUUCGUCUCCCCGACACACACGCUCGAAAUGCUCGUGCUGGCCACACGCUACCAGUGUCCCCAGCUGGAGAUCCACUGUGUGAAGGAGCUCGAUCUGAACCUGAACGUUGACCACGUGCUGGAGGUGUACCGAGCCCUUUGGUUCUACAACUCCGUGCCAUCGGCCGCCGUUACACCGAAUUCCGGAGCGGCUCGACGCAGAACUCGCUGCUGCCCGACCCGGCGCAACAGGGAAGCCAAUGGGGCGGCUCGUGGGCCGGUAACGCCCGAGGAACACUUUGCCGCGCUGCUCGCCAACUGCCUUCAGCUAAUCGAUAUGCACGCGGAGCAGGUGCUCUCACAGGAGGCCAUGAUGGCCCUGCGUUUCCCGGAGCUUGAGAUGAUCGUGAAGCGGGAUGCCCUGCAGCUAUCGUCCGAAACUGUCCUGCUCGAUCUGCUCGCUCGCUGGAGUCUGGAGGAUUGCAAGCGCAAAAACAUAGACCCGACGGCCGAGAACCGCCGCCGUGCAUUGGGGGCACUGUGCUACGCGCCCCGCUACCUCACGAUGAGCCGCCGUGAGUUCGAGGGUGCCCGGGAGCGCAUCGAGCUGCUCGAUCCGAUCGAGUCGCAGCUUGUCGGUGACAUAUUGAUCCGCUCGGCCGGUGGGAAGCAACAGUCGUCCCGCAAGGCGGCUGGCCUCACGCCAGAGCAGCAGGCUCUGGUGGCCCGAUUCCAGGCCCCUCGGCCUGCCUUCGCUCUGCUUCCGAUACCACUCAGUGCCCGCAGCCAACCGCGCAACUACCCGAAGAAGAUGCGCAAGGCCGCCGAAGAGGCUGAGCGGGAACGCGACGGAACCGGCAAGAAGGGUUGCUGUGAUCGACUCCUGCUCAACUGCCUGUCCGUGUUUGCCUGCAUCUUCGACUAG